UGUAUGUAGUGGAGAAAAACUGCGGGAACAGAGCUCCGUCCGUCCCAAUCGAUCCAAAGCCAGAGAGCCUUCUUCGUGCAUUGUUUCCCGUCAGUUUCUAUGAAUUAAUCAAUCCAUCCCCGCCCGCUUUGGUCCGCUUUGGCACUCUUGAGUUUUUGGGUCGGGGAAGCCCGCUCGCUGGGAUGGAUGCGGUUGGCUUGGGCUCUUGAACCGGCUGUCCGUAUUUUCCGCACCAGUAUGGCCACUACCGUGCCUACCGUGGGUGGCACGGGUGGCACGGGCUGCUCGACCGCGUCUUCUGGCCUGCUGAGCCCACAUACGUACACCAUUAGUGGGGUUAAAGUUCAUUUCCCAUGCAAGGCCUACCCGUCCCAAGUGGCCAUGAUGAACAAUAUCAUCCGGGCGUUGCAGCGCGGGCAAAAUGCGUUACUGGAAUCACCCACGGGCAGUGGCAAGAGUUUGGCACUCCUGUGCGCUUCCCUCGCCUGGCAACAAGCCGAAACGCAAAAGGCCAUCGAGUAUAACUUGGCCGUGGAAUGCGGCCAACUCCCCGCCGAGUUCAUUCAUUUCGAUGUCAAUGGCGAAGAGACCUCGGCCGAACUGGAAUGCCCUGAGGUGCAAGCCGCCAUUGAAUUGGCCCAAGCUGAGUCGUUACAAACGGGCGCUGGGUUUAUACCCAUGGACCAGGACGACGAUUUCGUUUCCUCUCCGCCGCAUAAGCGAGUCAAGGCUGAGGCAUUUAUCCCUCCACCGUCACUGCCUUCGGUGGAACCGGCGGUCAUGCGGAAGGUCAAAAAGAAGACCGUGCCUAAGAUUUACUUCGGCACACGAACGCACAAGCAGAUUACGCAGAUUAUUCGCGAACUGAAUAAGACGCCGUACAAAGAUUGUAAGAUGACUAUAUUGGCCAGUCGUGAUCACACGUGCAUCCACCCGGCGGUGUCAAAAAUGAAGAAUCGUAACGAGGGCUGCCAAGAGUUGAACGACAAGAAAACCGGCAGCGGUUGUUUGUACCGAUCCAAUGUCAAGUCCAAACUGACUUCACACUCGGCAUUAACGGCUUAUCGCGGCACCCGCGAUGCCUGGGACAUUGAGGAUGUGGUCCGGGUGGGUCAGAAGGUCCGCUUUUGCCCUUACUACGGGGUGCGUGAGCUCAAAACCAAGGCUCAGAUUGUAUUCUGUCCCUACAACUAUUUGGUGGAACCCACCAUUCGCAAGAGCAUGGACAUCAGUCUGAAGGGACAAAUUCUGAUCUUGGACGAAGCUCACAACAUUGAGGAUUCGGCUCGAUCCGCCGCCAGUUGGCAAGUCACCCAGGAAGAGAUCCGGGAUGCGAUGCGCGAUUUGGAAGCAUUGGUUCGUAAAGAGAUCCCGGAAACGCAAGCUCAUCGUGACAUGGCCUUGGUGUGCUCACAACUGUCCGUGUGGAUCGAUUCGUUUACGCAAGAUUUGACGGAUUAUACGGACUUUGCCUCAGCUUCCAAAGUUUGGACCGGCACGGAAAUCAUCGCCCUAUUCAACGUUCAUGGUAUCGGACAGGACAAAUAUCCCGAUUUGGUGUCGGCUUUUGGCCAAGUGCAAGCUGUAUACAGUGAAAAACAGGAUCCAUCCAAUGAUGACAAAGGCGAGGAAGAGGUACCGGGGGUACACGCCAACACCAUGAGCUUGCUUGAGGGCUUUUUUAUGAUCCUCAACUACUUGUUCAUGGAUGGCAUGCGACACUUGAAUGAUUACAGAGUGGCUUUGGUUCGAACCCAGUCCCGCAAAUCGUUUCAAUCCAAGGCCAAAGGUGCCGUGGGUGCUUGGAUCAACAAGAAGAAAGGCACGGGCAUGGCCGCACCAACGCAAGAAGAGCACAAAUUCACGUACACGGUCAACUUCUGGUGUCUCAACCCGGCUGUCACGUUUGAGGAGCUCAAGAAAACCAUUCAUAGUGUGAUACUCACUUCCGGGACUCUGUCGCCAAUGGCGUCAUUCAGUUCCGAAUUGGACGUCAAGUUCCCUUUGAAACUGGAAGCCAAUCACGUGAUCGAUAAGCGGCAAGUCUGGAUUCGAACGCUAAGCCAUGGACCCACCGGACACUCGUUGAAUGCUACUUUCCGGAAUGCAGAUUCCUUUGGAUUCCAGGAUGAAAUGGGUCGCCUGACGCUCAAGGUGUGCCAAACCAUCGCUCAUGGCAUUCUUCUCUUCCUACCCUCGUAUUCCAUGCUGAACAAGUUAAGUGAGCGAUGGCAACAAACCGGGGUAUGGGAGCAAUUAAAUCGGAAGAAGAUUGUUAUCAUGGAGCCCAGGUUCUCGGACGAGUUUGAAACGAACAUCCGACACUUCUACGAUGUCAUUGAGAGCACCAAUCAUGGUCCCGAUCCCAGUGGCGUAGAUGGGGCGCUUUUUAUGGCGGUGUGUCGGGGAAAAGUGAGCGAAGGCUUGGAUUUCGCGGACAACAAUGCCCGAGUCGUCAUUUGUGUGGGGAUUCCAUUUCCCAAUUUCAAGGACAUUCAAGUGGAUUUGAAGAAGAAAUAUAACGACCAGAGGAAGCUCCAGGACAGAGAUAUUCUAUCCGGCAGUGAUUGGUACGAGAUUCAGGCCUUUCGGGCGCUCAACCAGGCUUUGGGGCGGUGCAUUCGGCAUAGGCGGGACUGGGGGGGUAUUCUCAUGGUGGAUGAUCGUUAUCAGAAGAUCCAGAGGUACAUUGGUAGCCUCUCCAAAUGGGUACGAGCCGGAGUGAUCCAUCACAAGGAUUGCGGUCAAAUGCUGGCCACCCUCGAGGCCUUCAAUGAUGACAUGGUUCAAAUGGACGCAGAAAAUAAGGCCAAAGAGCAAGAAAUUCAAGCUCAAGCCGCCGCCACCACCACCACCACCACCACCACCCAUCCACCCACAAAACCCACUGACACGCAAUCUGGAUCUUGGGCUGAGCUCGAGAAGAUCAACAAGAUCAAGUUGGAAACUCAACGAGAAAUGAUGCGACUGAAAAUCGAGUCUCAAGUCGAAAUCCCGGGACCGGCAGCCUGUCAAAAAGUGGCCUUGGCCACCAAAUUGGCCAUGACAAUGCCCGUGAAACUGCCCGUGAAGCCAGAAGAAAAAUAUCAGGCUGUCAAACCCGAGGCGAUCAAAGUCAUUCCCGAAAGUCCGCAGGGCUCGGAAUCCGAAGACUCUGCCCAUUCUGUACUAAAUGAUAUCCCCUUGAAUACCAUCCAUUGCCAGACCGACGUUGAAAAAAUAGCCCAUCCAAGAGGAAAGGCCUUGAUGAGGCGUGUUCCCGCCGCAGGACCCGCAGGGUCGACGCAGAGCUCCAGAUCCGCUGCCAUUCAAUACGUAGAUUCGGAUGACGAUGAUUUCGUAUGA